CAGAGCUCUCAGAUUUUCAAUUUGUCAAUUUUCAAGUUUUUAUUUAUCAAAAUUGUAAAAUGCUAGCACCACAACUUCCAACCACGGGAGCAGAACUGCUCGCCACCCUACAGCUGUCGGGCGAAGAAGAUCUUGAUGAGCAGAUCACCAACUGGAUCAUGUGGGACAGAAAUGCGGCCACGACACAGCAGGUGGUGGAAGCCAUCAAGGAGAAGGACUGGCAGGCACUGCGCAUCCGUCUCUGUCAUCACAACUACUUCAGCACUGGCGGCCUCAGAUCCGGAAUGCGUGCUGGCUUUGAUUCCAUCAACGAUCUUGUCACCAUCCAGGUGGCCCAGGGCCUAAGCAACUAUCUCCAGGAAGUGUAUCCCAGUGUACAAAAACGCGAGGCUCAAGGCGUGGUCAUUGGGUACGAUGCUCGCUACAACGGUAAACGCUUUGCCCAGCUCUUGGCAGCGGUGCUUCUGAACAGUAACUUUCGGGUUUACCUGUUCAGUCGAAUGGUGCCUAGUCCAUUUGUGUCUUUCGCCGUGGUGCACUUGCACUGUCUGGCCGGAGUUGUUGUGACAGCAUCGCACAAUCCGAAAACCGACAAUGGCUUUAAGAUCUACUGGUACAAUGGUGCUCCCUUUUUGACGCCGCAUGAUAAAAACCUACAUGCUGCAGUACUUAAUAACUUGGAGCCUCUUGCAUCGUCUUGGGAUCUCUCCGUACUUGACGACCACCCACUCUUGGAAGAUCCUUACCGGGAGAUCUACCAAGCUUAUUAUGAGCAGAUGAAGACAUUGCUGCCAUAUACAUAUCUUGAGACCAACGAGUGCAGUCAGUUGCGCUUUGUCUACACGCCCCUGCAUGGCGUGGGCUUCCCCUAUAUCCGCGAGGCCUUCUACCAGGCGCGACUUAAGCCGGUUAUUCCUGUGCAACAGCAGAAGGAUCCAGAUCCGGAGUUUCCUACUGUCGUCUUCCCAAAUCCCAUAGAGGGCAAGGAUUGUCUAAAUUUAGCAAUUAAAAAAGCGGAGGAAGAGCACUGUACUAUUAUUCUGGCUAACGAUCCGGAUGUGGACCGCCUGGCAGUAGUUGAACUAGAUCCCAAGGGCAGGUGGAAGAAAUUUACUGGCGAUGAGCUGGGCGCAUUGCUUGGCUGGUGGGCUUUGGAAAGCUAUAAAACUCGAUCUCCCAAGCCCAACGUGUCCAACUGUGUUAUGAUAUCCAGCGUGGGAAGCUCAAAGAUCCUUGCAGCGAUGGCCAGAGUUGAGGGCUUUGUAUAUGUCGAGACUCUGGUGGGCUACAAAUGGAUGGCCAACAAGGCCUUGGAGCUGGAGGCACUUGGCAAAACUGUACUCUUUGCCUUCGAGCAGCCCAUUGGCUUUAUGUUCUCUCUAUAUGUGCCAGAUAAGGAUGGGAUUAAUGCGGCCUGCCAAGUGGCCACGAUGGCCUGCUAUUUGCGCAGCACCCGCAAUGUGACGCUUAUCGAGAAGUUGCGCGAGAUCUACGAUACCUACGGCUACCAUGCGACUAUCGUCAACUCUCUAACCUACCAAAAUCCGGAACAGAUCAAUCAGAUCUGUGAUAGGCUGCGUCGUUUCGAGGAUGAUCUGCUGGGCACCUAUCCCAAGUGCAUCAUAAAUGGUGAGUUUGAGGUGACCAACGUGAGGGACCUGACUUUGGGCUUGGACACUUCGUUUCCUGAUCACAAGCCGCGUCUGCCGGUCAGCCCGAACAAGCAGGUGCUAACAUUUACAUUCCAAAAUGGAAUGACGAUCACAUUCCGAGCCAGCGGCAACGAGCCCAAACUGCGAUACAACGCGGAAAUCGUUGGCCUGCCCGAGGAAAAGGAGUGGGACGAGCUCAACGAUACUCUGCAUCGCAUGACCGAAGCGGUUGUAACUGAGUUCAUUCGUCCGGCUGAUAAUGGCUUGGUAUAGUCAGCAUCCUCAAGGUGCUUUUUAUUUGGCCUUACACAAUUUAAUAAAGUUUCCCUAUUUUCUUAAUUGAUCGUUA